AGUGUCUGUAGAGCCUAGGAGCCAGACCCCUUGGGAAAAGAUAAAAAGGCCAUUCGCGGCCCAGCUGCUCGCUGCACUCUCUCCCAGCUCUCCAGCCUGCGCUCCAGCCCCGCCGCAGCCAUGAGGUCCUCUGUGUCUCGGCAGGCGCCCUCCACCAAAGGGGCCUUCAGCUCUAACUCUGCCAGUGGAGGGGGCGGCUCCCGGGCCUGCACCGGCUUCAGCUCGGUGACCAUGUCCCGGAGCGGUGGCAGCGGUGGGGGGACCCGCUGUGGCCCCAGCACGAGCGGCUUUGGCAGUCGGAGCCUCUAUAACCUGGGGGGCAGCAAGAGCAUCUCGGUUAGUGUGGCUGGAGGGGCCUCAUCUCGGCGGGCUCUGGGCGGCUUUGGCCUUGGCGGCGGGGCCUGUGUGGGCCUGGGGGCUGUCAGGCAGACGUCUGGGCCCUCCUGUCCUCCCGGCGGCAUCCAGCAGGUCACCGUCAACCAGAGCCUGCUGACCUCCCUCAAUGUAGAGAUCGACCCGGAGAUCCAGCGGGUGCGCACCCAGGAGCGGGAGCAGAUCAAGACCCUCAACAACAAGUUCGCCUCCUUCAUCGACAAGGUGAGGUUCCUGGAGCAGCAGAACAAGGUGCUGGAGACCAAGUGGGCGCUGCUGCAGGAGCAGGGCCAGAAAUCGGGCAUCAUCAGGAACAAUCUGGAGCCCCUCCUUGAGUACUUCAUCAGCAACCUACGGGGGAAGCUGGACAAGCUCCACAGCGAGCGAGGGAGGCUGGACUCCGAGCUGAAGAACGUGCAGGAUCUCGCUGAGGAUUUCAAGAACAAGUAUGAGGAAGAAAUCAACAAGCGCACUGCUGCAGAGAACGAGUUUGUGGUCCUCAAGAAGGAUGUGGAUGCCGCAUACAUGGGCCAAGUGGAUCUGCAUGGCACGGUGGACAACCUGACAGAGGAGGUCGAGUUCCUGAGGCAUCUCUAUGAAGAGGAGCUGAGCCAAGUGCAGACGCAUGUGUCUGACACCAGUGUCAUCCUCUCCAUGGACAACAACCGCAACCUUGAUCUGGACAGCAUCAUCGCCGAGGUUAAGGCCCAGUAUGAGCAGAUUGCCCAGAGGAGCAGGGCUGAGGCCGAGUCCUGGUACCAGACCAAGUAUGAGGAGCUGCAGGUGACAGCUGGGAAGCAUGGGGACAACCUGAGGGACACCAAGAAUGAGAUCGCUGAGCUCACCCGCACGGUCCAGAGGCUGCAGGGGGAGGUGGAUGCAGUAAAGAAGCAGUGCCAGCAUCUGCAGACUGCCAUCGCAGAAGGAGAGCAGCGUGGGGAGCUGGCAUUAAAAGAUGCUCAGAAGAAGCUUGGGGACCUGGACACGGCUUUGCUUCAGGCCAAGGAGGACCUGGCCCGGCUGCUGCGUGACUACCAGGAGCUGAUGAAUGUCAAGCUGGCCCUGGACGUGGAGAUUGCCACCUACCGCAAGCUGCUGGAGAGCGAGGAGAGCAGGAUGUCUGGAGAGUAUCCCAGUGCCAUCAGCAUCUUGAUUUCUAGAAGCCCCUGGCCUUCUCGUGGCACGGCUGCCCUGCCUCACCCAGACACUUUGCCUUGCAGCAGUGACGGGCAGCUCCACCACUGUGUACGGAGGCAGCACGGCCAGCUUCGGGGGUGGCAUCUCUCUGGGUGGGGGCGGGGGGCCCAGCAAGGAUGGAUUCAGCACCAAUGUGGGCUAUAGCACUGUCAGGCGGGCGCCUGUCUUCGGGGGCACCUCCAUCCUGAGGAAGACCACCACAGUCAAGAAGUCCAGCCAGAAGUAUUAGCUGUUGUCUUGCAAGCUGGGGCCCCUGCAACCCUCUCCCCACCCCCUUACCCUACUCUGCUGUCCUCCCCACCCACCUCCUCAGGAGCAGGAACAGCCCCAGGACCACAGACCCAGUGUGUUUGCAUGCCAGACUCUUUGCAUGUGAUCUACAUUUUGGGAAGGGCUCAAAUCUACUCAGGUUUUCUCCUUGGUUCUGCAAUGGGAUGGAAGGGGAGGUUAGGGCCACCAGCUUGAAUGAUGUGUUUGGGUGAUUUGUGGGUGAUUUUUUGACCACUGAGAGGAGGCAAGAUUUCCCAGGCCUACUCAGAUUCUCUCACCUCUUCUGCUUACCUGCUGUGAGCUUGGCUGACGGAGGAUGAAGGAAAAUCAGAAGUGGUCCCAGUGUCCCACCAGACCACCCCCUCCCUGAAUCUACCUACAUUCCCCUCCCCUGUCUGUGCCUAUGAUGUGUCUCAAUAAACGGUAACUACAGCUA